UCUGGGAGCUGUCAUCGUGGACCGCGGCGGCGGCGGCGGCGGCACAACGCCGGUAGUGGAGCUGCCCAGGAGGGUCACGCAGCACAAUGUCAGCUCUGCCCCUGGACCAACUCCAGAUCACCCAUAAGGACCUGAAGACAGGAAAGCUGAGGACUUCACCAGCGCUGCACCCCGAGCAGAAGGCAGACCGGUAUUUUGUGUUAUACAAACCACCCCCUAAAGACAACAUUCCCGCCCUAGUGGAGGAGUACCUGGAACGCGCCACCUUCGUAGCCAAUGACCUCGACUGGCUCCUGGCUUUGCCUCACGAUAGAUUCUGGUGCCAGGUGAUCUUCGACGAGACUCUGCAGAAGUGCCUGGACUCCUACCUGCACUAUGUUCCCCGGAAGUUCGACGAGUGGGUGGCCCCAUCCCCUGAGGUUGUUGACAUGCAGAAGCGCCUCCAUCGAAGCGUUUUUCUCACCUUCGUCCGCAUGUCCACUCACAAGGAAUCCAAAGAUCACUUCAUUUCCCCUUCUGCAUUUGGAGAAAUCCUCUACAAUAACUUCCUGUUUGACAUCCCAAAGAUCCUGGACCUCUGUGUGCUCUUCGGAAAAGGCAACUCGCCGCUGCUCAAGAAGAUGAUAGGAAACAUCUUUAUCCAGCAGCCAAGUUACUAUAAUGACCUGGAUGAAACCAUGCCUACCAUCCUUCAGGUCUUCAGCAAUAUCCUCCAGCAGAGUGGUUUGCAGGGGGACGGGGCCAGCGCCACACCUCAGAAGCUCGAGGAGAGGGGCCGGUUGACUCCCAGCGACAUGCCUCUCCUGGAAUUAAAGGACAUUGUUCUCUACCUUUGUGAUACCUGCACUACGCUCUGGGCCUUUCUGGAUAUCUUCCCUUUGGCUUGCCAAACCUUCCAGAAACACGACUUCUGUUACAGACUAGCUUCCUUUUACGAAAUAGCAAUUCCUGAGCUGGAGUCUGCAAUGAAGAAGAGGAGGCUUGAAGACAGCAAGCUGCUAGGUGACCUGUGGCAGAGGCUCUCCCAUUCUAGAAAGAAGCUACUGGAGAUUUUUCACAUCCUCCUAAACCAGAUCUGCCUUCUCCCUGUCCUAGAAAGCAGCUGUGAAAAUAUUCAAGGCUUCAUAGAAGAGUUCCUUCAGAUCUUCAGCUCCUUGCUACAGGAGAAGAGGUUCCUCCGGGACUACGAUGCACUCUUCCCAGUGGCCGAGGAUGUCAGCUUGCUGCAGCAGGCCUCGUCAGUGUUAGACGAGACGCGGACUGCCUACAUCCUCCAGGCGGUUGAGAGUGCAUGGGAAGGGGUGGACCGUCGGAAAGCCUCAGAUGCUAAACACCCACCGGGGGCCGAGUUGCUUAAUGGGGUCAUGGCGAUCGCCGAGCCAGUCAGUGCACCGUCAUCCCGUCCAGAGAACUCGGAGGAAGAGGAGUGCAUGGGGGCAGCUGCUGCCCUGAGCCCCGCUGUGUGCGGCGUGGAGCUAGACUCGCUCAUCUCCCAAGUGAAGGACCUGCUGCCGGACCUCGGUGAGGGUUUCAUCCUGGCCUGCCUGGAGCACUAUGGCUACGACCCGGAGCAGGUGAUCAAUAACAUCCUGGAGGAGCGGCUGGCCCCUGCCCUCAGCCAGCUGGACCGCAGCCUGCACAGACAAGUGAAGCCAGACCCAACACCCCUACUGACAUCUCGUCACAACGUCUUCCAGAAUGAUGAGUUUGAUGUGUUCAGCAGGGACUCAGUGGACCUAAGCCGGGUACACAAGGGCAGGAGGAAGGAGGAGAACACGCGGAGCCUACUGAACGACAGGCGGGAGGUGGCGGCCCAGCGGCAGCGUUAUGAGCAGUACAGCGUGGUGGUGGACGAGGUGCCGGUGCAGCCCGGUGAGGGCCUGUCCUACUGCGGCGAUGACUACGAGGACGAGUACGAUGACACGUACGAUGGCAACCAGGUGGGCGCCAACGACGCCGACUCUGACGACGAACUCAUCAGCCGCAGGCCCUUCACCAUCCCUCAGGUGCUGAGAACCAAAGUGCCCAGAGAAGGGCAGGAGGAAGAGGAGGAGGAAGAAGAAGCCGAGGACGAGGCCCCCAAGCCUGACCAUUUUGUGCAGGACCCUGCGGUGCUGCGGGAGAAAGCCGAAGCCAGGCGCAUGGCCUUCCUCGCCAGAAAGGGGUACCGGCAUGACAGCUCGACGGCAGUGGCCGGCAGCCCCCGGGGCCAUGGGCAGAGCCGUGAGACAACUCAGGAACGCCGGAAGAAGGAAUCCAACAAGUCGACACGAGCCAACCACAACCGGAGAACCAUGGCCGACCGCAAAAGGAGCAAAGGCAUGAUUCCAUCCUGAAGCUGCCGUACCACGGAGGCAGCGGUGCCAAACCCAUCAGGAGGCAUCUCUGUAGCCCAGGGCCUCUCACCAGUUGGCUCCCUGCCAGGGCCCCAAGUUCAACUCAACCCCUCAAUAGCCUCAGCUUUGCAGCCCCUGAGAAGGCCGCCUCAUUGUCCACCAGCCAGCCGGGAGCGCCUUCUCGUAGAAUACACAGUGCCUUAUUCCACAGCGGAAGAACCCAGGGGCCAGCGAGCAGGCAAAAGGGACCGGCCGGGACAGAGCCCCGAGGCAAGCCCCCCAAACCUCGUGCAGCAAGACACCACUUCCCUUUUCCCUGGAUGGCAGGAAACCUGUAUAUUCAAAAACAAAACAAAAGGCCGGCGAAUAAAGUUUUUAAGCAAUCAUCCAUGCCCUUUUAAGCAAUCAUCCAUGAUGUGCCCGUCACCCGCUCUCCCUGUGUGCCAUUCUUCAGUGCCAGCCGCUAUCUGGAGAGGAAGAGGGCAGGACGGUCACCAUGCUCUUUUCAUCCACCUUUUGUGCUUUCCUCUCCUUGCAACCCCUCCUCAUGUUGCUCUGCCUUGCUGUGUGUCCCCGAGAACACCAGUUCCUUCUCUGAACCGCGAGUACCUGCUUGUGGAAGAAAGGACUUGGUAUGUGAGGCCCUGCAGUCCCAUCUGGUAUCUCAUUCAGCCCCCACCAGCUCCACCUGGAGGAGGUGGGUACUGUGCUCAGCCCCACAGUACAGAUGAGGAAGGUGAGCACCGAGAGCUGAAGGCGCCUGCCCAGCCACAACUAGGAAGUGGGAGAACAGGGAUGGACCCUCAGUCUGACCCCUGGCCUUUAUCGGGUCCUAGACCCCUGAGGGUGGUGUCUUCUCCAUCUCAGCUGGCCUGAGGACACUUGGCCAGCGGCAGAGCCAGUACCAGAAUUCAAUGCCUCCUGGUUGCAUAUACACUCUAUUAAAUACUCCAAAAUUGAGGGGUUGUAGACCAGAAGAAACAAGUGAGGAUGUUACUGCCGAGCCCUUUUGGAGCGAGUGGGACUUGGGCCCAGUUCCUCAGAGCCCCCUCCCAGGCAUGACCAACUGGUCCCCCAGAAUUUUGCUGAACGAUGGCAGAGCACCAGUGGGGCAUUUGCUGGGCUGGUCCUAGCCCAGCCUGGCCUGUAGUCCAUCAGCAGAAGCCAGGGCCCCUGCCAAGCUGGACCUUGACAAAUCACCCUAGAUGCUAGUACAAUUUAUUUGCAUGUGGUUAGGAUGAGCGUCUGAAGCAGCAAGGCAGACAAGACUUGACGAAUUGGUUUUGUUAGGUCAGCCCGUACAAGUGAAAAUCAAUAGCAAUUCCUCUGUGUCACACCAGUUCUUGCGUUGGCGAUGCCGAGCAGAUGUGGGGUGGUAUCCUCCCCUCACAUGGCCGAAUUAGCUGAGCUCAGGCCCAGGGUCAGCCACCCUGACAGGCAGCAAGAAGACUCUGUUUCCUCCGGGAGGCAUUUGCCUGGAGCAGCAGGGGCCAUUCUUUUCUCUGUCGCUGAACACCCCAGACCCAGCUCUUGUCCCUGGAGCAAAGCGAUGCGGAUUCGGGGAUCUCCCGGGCUUUGCCUGCCUGACCUGUUUCUGUUCAUACAGCCCUCUCACCUUCACUUGGUCGUCUGCACCUCCUGACCACCCACAAUGGCGUUCAGGGUUCACAAUGGCUUCCUGGUUCAAAGGACUUGAGAAAAUAUAAGUGAUUUUUCAAAUUUUCCAGAAUGUAGUGCCAGGUCAAGUUUAAUCUCUCUUGAGGAACUAUGUACUUUCUCAUUUCAGAUCUUGAGGGCACCCUUUCAGGGAGGCUUUGAAAACAGCUCAGGGGUCCUCCAGAAUGGUGCUGAUAGGCACAUCCCUUCACCUCUUGGGGCCUCAGUUAUCCCAUCUGUAAGGUGGGUACACUGAACAAGAUGAAUGGUUUCCACUUGGUGCCAAUCAAAUUCUCUGAGGAGGCCCCAUGGUUUAAGACCGGCAAUGGCAGAAGUGUUAGAAGUGAAAUGGGAUGGAGGCUUGAACCCUGCCUACUUGGUCACAGGGGCCCACCAUCCCCACUACUGUUCCUAAGCAGGAAUUUUCCAAGUGCCUUCUCUGUACCCUGGCAGAGAACAUGACUACCACAGGCAUUUCCCGGGAAGCUUGUAAGACCUUGUGCAUCCGAGAGGACUUAAGACUGACCUUUGUUUUUCGUCCAUGACAAUGAUGGUGAACAUGUUCGUAUGAACAGUGCUUCUGUGCCUCUGUGAGUGGGUGGACAGAGCCUGUCACUGUUUCUAAAAGAGAGCCCAGGAGCCCAGGGAGUAACUUGCCCAAAGCCGGUGGCAAGUUAGUGGCAGAGCCUGGAUGUAGAUCCUUUUUGAGUCGCCCUCUUAGACAGCCACGUGUGUUCUGGAAGAAUGAAUGGUUGUCAAGAACCUGCUUCUCCCUGCCACACCAGGAGCUUGGGGUAAAUAAUACAAGGAGGGAAACAAAAAUAAAAAUAAAAGUAAAUGCACCAAAAAUGCAGGGGGGUAUUGUGGAGCCUCCCCUUUAAAUGAUGUCAAUGAAGACUUGAUAGCCACACAGGAAACUAAAUACUCAAGAAUAAUGUUUUUUAAAAAGAAUAAAUUUGAAAGCAGACUACGUGAUGGUCACGUACCAUGAUUGUGAAAGUAUUUAAAAAAAAAAUCAUUGAUUUUGCAUACAGACCAAAUCUGGAAGGGAAUGUGCAUAAAUGAAGAUGAUGUGAGAUCAUGAUGAUUUGUAAUGAGAAUAAAAGCACUUACUACUUACCGUG